CAAACAAUGCAUGCCUCUUGGCUCUAAAUCAUAAGCUUAUUUAUGUAUGAUAUUCUAAGUAUUAAUUACAAGAAUAUAUAAUAAGCAAAAUUUGGAGUCAACGUGAAAAACAUGAAAACACGUACCAGCUCUGUGGGUAAGACCCAAGAGCGUUUCUCGAUAAGUCUCAUAUUCAGAUGCAUCAGAGUUCUCAUCACCAGAUCUAUUUCUUUCUUAUCUUAUUAGAAAAAAAUUCCUUCGAAAUUUUACUUUCUUGAUUAGUUAUAUCUUUCUCGUUAUCAUUUGGUUUCUUGGGUGUUUGAGAGGUCAUAUUUGAGUUAUUUAUUUAUAUUAGUAUUCAUAUAUAUUGAAGAAAAUGUCAAGAAAGCCGUGUUGUGUUGGAGAAGGUCUGAAGAAAGGGGCAUGGACCAUCGAAGAAGAUAAGAAACUCAUCUCUUACAUCCACGAACAUGGAGAAGGAGGCUGGCGCGACAUUCCCCAAAAAGCUGGGUUAAAAAGGUGUGGAAAGAGUUGUAGACUGAGAUGGACUAACUACCUAAAACCGGAGAUCAAAAGAGGCGAGUUUAGUUCAGAGGAGGAACAGAUUAUCAUCAUGCUUCAUGCUUCUCGUGGCAACAAGUGGUCGGCCAUAGCGAAACAUUUACCUAGAAGAACAGACAACGAGGUCAAAAAUUACUGGAACACUCAUCUUAAAAAACGUUUGAUCGAACAGGGAAUUGAUCCCGUGACUCACAAGCCACUAGCUUCUAAUUCCAACCCUAAAGUCAUCACUACGCCGCUAGAGAAUUUGCAUUCCCUAGCUGCAUCUAGUUCCUGCAAGCAAUACUCCCGGUCAAGCUCAAUGCCUUCCCUGUCUCAUCUUACCAACAAUGAUGGGACACCAGUUCAAGUCGGUUCCUUGAGUCACAAGAAACGUUUUAAAAGAUCCAGUUCUACAUCAAGGCUUUUGAACAAAGUUGCCACUAAGGCCACUUCCAUCAAAAAAAUAUUGUCGGCCUCCAUGGAUGGUAACUUGAGAACUACUAAUGGCUUCUCUGAGCAAAGUUCCAACGUGUUCCUGACAAAUACUCUCACCGAGUUCGAUCCCUUCUCCCAGUCACCAUUGUACAAUGAGCAUGAGAUCAAUGCUAAUUCUGAUCUCGGUAUGGAUCUAGGUUACGAUUUCUCACAUUUUGUUGAAAAGUUAGGGAGAGAUCAUGACCACAAUGAGGAGAACAAAAUGAAUAUGGAGUAUGAUCAUGAUCAUGAUCUACUUAUGUCAGAUGUGUCCCAAGAAGUCUCAUCAACAAGCGUUGAUGAUCAAGACAAUAUGCUUGGAAAAUUUGAGGGUUGGUCAAAUUAUCUUAUUGACCAUGCUGAUUUUGUAUAUGAUACGGAGUCUGAUUCACUCGAAAAAGCAUGAAACUUCACUUCCAAACAGAAAGGUUUCAGACUGUUUAAAACUUGCCUGAACGAGAAUUAUCUACGUGUGUAUUAAUAUUUGGAUUUUUUUUUGUUGAGUCCAAGUUUAGGGGUUGUAUGAUGUUAAAUAAGGAUUGAUACACUAGAAUUAGGGUUUCUCUGACAGUGAGAACAUAUAUGCAUGUAAUCUCGCGGAUCAAUUGGUAAAUGAUUUGCGGAGGCAACUAUAUUAUUAAUUAAAUAUAAUAAAGCUGGGGUUUUUUUUUAACAACAUAACUUUA